AUGGUUGAGAAACCUGAUAACGCUUAUAAGGCUACUAGAUGUGUGGGCAAAGAAUUACCACCAAAAGACUGCAUUAAUAAUGGAGAAUUACUGCAAACGUUGACUUUUGAAAGAGACCGAAGUCAUGACUUUGAUGACUUUGAUUUGAAGAAAGACCAGCAAGAUGUGAACAAACUUGAGACUCCGUGGAUUUAUGAAGAAAAAUAUUACGAAGGAAUAACUACAUCCCAUUAUAAAAAUCUCACCUGUAGAGAAGACCAACAACAUCCUAAAUUCUGGAAUAAUUUCCCUGUAAAGCACAGUGUUUCCAUAAGAAGAAGUACAUCUCCAUAUUAUAAACAUGAUAUGACAAACAAGGAGCUAAACUACAUGGUAGGCCAUUCAGGAAACAAGUAUAUGAACUGCUUGGGCAAUAAGCUUGGAGUAAGCUUUCAUUCGCAUCUGGCUGAACUGCAGAGAUUUCAAACCCAAGAGGAAAUUUGUGAAAGUAAUCAAGUUGAGAAGUCUACCAAAACGUCCUCAGUUUCACCACCUCAAAGAAUUGCUUCUAGUGUCACAACCAACAUUGUUAAUAAGUAUGGGAAGGUUCUUAUGCAUCCUUCAUUACUGACACAAUAUGAGAAGACCCCCAGUAGAGAAAAACCUUACAAAUGCAAUGAGUGUGGGAAGGCUUUUAGCCAUUGUUCAACCUUAGCUAAUCAUCAAAGAAUUCAUUCUGAGCAAAGACCUUACAAAUGUAACGAGUGUGGCAAAGCCUUUAACAGGUUCUCGAACCUCACAAGGCAUCAGAGAAUUCAUACUGGAGAGAAACCAUAUAAAUGUAAUGUAUGUGGUAAGCAUUUUAUGAUACGUUCCCACCUUUGGGGCCACGAACGAAUUCAUACUGGAGAGAAGCCUUACAAAUGCAAUGUGUGUGGCAAAGCCUUUUCUGAGUGUUCAAAUCUUGCUCAACAUAAGAGAAUCCAUUCUGGAGAAAAACCUUACAAAUGUAAUCAGUGUGGUAAGGAUUUUACCACCCGUUCACACCUUUGGAGUCAUGAGAGAAUUCAUACUGGAGAGAAACCUUACAAAUGUAAUGAGUGUGGAAAGGCCUUCACUGGGAGUUCAAACCUUACACAGCAUAAGAGAAUUCAUGCUGGAGAGAAACCGUACAAAUGUAAUGUAUGUGGCAAGGCCUUUAGUCAGAAUUCAAGCCUUACAGUUCACCAAAGAAUUCAUACUGGAGAGAAACCUUACAAAUGUCAUGAAUGUGGCAAAUCCUUUAAGCAGUAUUCAAGCCUCAGUAGACAUCAGAAUAUACAUACAGUGAAGCUGCAGCUGCACCGGGGCCCAGAACUCAUUCGAAGUGUGGCUGGACAGCACUGGGACUUGACUUUCUCUUCGGUUAGGAAAACCGUGCGGCACGAAGAGGACUAA